CCCCUUCUGCAGUGCAUGGGUUUUCGUGAUUCACAUACUUGUCCCAUACUCCCCUCCGCCGCCGCUGGUCCUCUCCGCCUCCGUACCUCCGCCGUCCUCCGUCGCACAUUCACAUUCUCCACUUCAUCAUCCUCGUAAUCUCCGUCAUUCAUCUUGUUAAAUUCUGAGAUUUCAAAGCCCCUAUUUCCCCUAAAUAUCCCCACAAUCCACCACCCCCAAAUCCCCAAAUUUCACACAAUGAUUUGCUCUAUCAAACACUCCACGACGUCGUUUCCAUGCUCAGAUCAAUCACCCACAAGGGUUCCUGUUGGUGGGUCGACCCGAAACCCAUCAAAGAUCCAGUCUUUAUCAAAACCCAUUAGUUUCAAGGAUUCAAAGAUUGUUUUAAAGCAACCCCUUUAUGUAUCCCACCUUCAAGAUUUUAGUGGGUCGGGUCGAAACCCAUCAAAGAUUCAAUCUUUACAAAAACCCUCAAAUGGGUCGGGUCAAAACCCAUCAAAGAUCCAAUCUUUACCACCCCUUUACGUAUCCCACAUUCAAGAUUUUGGUGGGUCGGGUCGAAAAGGGAUCCAUGAGACUGUGUGCAAUGCGUAUGAGGCUGAUCAUUCACAGCCGUUGGGUCAAAGUGAGGCGGGUCAAAAGAUGAAAAUUGGGUUGUAUUUUGCAACAUGGUGGUCUUUGAAUGUGGUGUUUAAUAUUUAUAAUAAAAAGGUUUUGAAUGCUUUUCCUUUUCCUUGGUUGACAUCAACUCUUUCUUUGGCUGCUGGAUCAUUGAUUAUGUUGGUUUCUUGGGCUACUAAAGUGGUUGAAGCUCCUAAGACUGAUGUUGAGUUUUGGAAAGCAUUGUUUCCGGUUGCUUUAGCACAUACGAUUGGACAUGUGGCAGCUACUAUAAGUAUGUCAAAAGUUGCAGUGUCGUUUACACACAUUAUCAAGAGUGGUGAACCUGCAUUUAGUGUAUUUGUUUCAAGGGUUUUUCUUGGUGAAACGUUCCCGAUUGGGGUUUAUUUGUCACUUUUGCCAAUCAUCGGUGGUUGUGCACUCUCUGCUUUAACCGAGCUCAACUUCAAUAUGACGGGGUUUAUGGGGGCAAUGGUUUCGAAUUUGGCUUUUGUGUUUAGAAAUAUAUUUUCAAAAAAAGGAAUGAAGGGCAAAUCUGUUAGCGGGAUGAACUACUACGCUUGCCUGUCGAUGUUGUCGUUGUUGAUUCUAACCCCUUUCACCAUCGCUAUGGAGGGCCCACAAAUGUGGGAAGCCGGUUGGCAAACCGCAUUAACACAAGUCGGUCCCAAUAUCGUAUGGUGGGUGGUGGCACAAAGUGUGUUUUAUCACUUAUACAAUCAAGUAUCAUACAUGUCUUUGGAUCAAAUAUCUCCUUUAACAUUUAGUGUUGGAAAUACGAUGAAGCGGAUAUCCGUUAUAGUGGCUUCAAUUAUCAUCUUUCGCACACCCCUCCAACCAGUCAACGCACUUGGAGCUGCUAUAGCUAUCCUUGGAACUUUCAUUUAUUCCCAGGCAAAACAGUAAAAAUGGUAAUGGAAGAAGGUGUUUUCUCGAGUAGAUUUAAAGACGAAACGAGCUGUUAUCGAAGCUUUUAGCGGCAUUUAGAUAGUAAAAUAAGAUGGAACAUUCGUUUUGCGACGAAAGAGGCAUCGAAAUCUUGUUUUUUUUUUGUUCUUUUUUACUUGGUCAGUUUGAUAUUUUUGUUGAUGGUAAAUGAAAACAAGUUUGAUGAAUAAGGGUGUAUAUACAAACUUGUAUAGAUAUAUCUCUAUAUACGUGUAGAGAUUCAUAAUA